CUCCCCAGUACCCCAGUGCAUAAAGAGGAGGCACUCACACAGCGACAGGUCACAGGGAUACUCGCUGGCCGGCCCACCCACCACCAUCUCUGCGCCGGCCCCGGGCUGGGAGAUGUCACCCCCGAGCAUCAGCACGAUGCAGGAGGACCCGGAGGCCCUGCUGGCCUUGCAAAGGGCCAAUAUCGUGGCCCAGUACCAUCAGGCACACCAAGCAGGGUCUCCGCAGGACCUGUCACUGUGCAAGGUCACCGACCACCAGGGCUUUCUGCAGGACAAGGAGCUGCCCGGCCCCAGCCCCCGCGAGGCCAAGAAACUCCGCCAGGAGACCCGGCGCGUGGACAAAUGGAUAAAAAUGCUCAAGCGAUGGGACCACUACCUCCCCAGCGAGAAGCUGCGACGCCAGAUCUACAAGGGGGUCCCGCCCCAGGUGCGGGGACAGGUGUGGCUGCGAUUGCUGAACGUCGACCAGGUUAAGGCCAGGAAUGCCAGGAAAUACCAGGAAAUGAAGGAGGCGGCCCUGGUCUCCUCCCGGGACAUCAUGCAGAUCGACCUGGACGUCAACCGCAUGUUCCGCAGUCACACCAUGUUCUGGGACCGCUACGGGGUCGGGCAGCGACCCUGUUCCACCUGCUGGAGGCCUACUCAGUGUACGACACCGAGGUGGGCUACUGCCAGGGCAUGAGCGAGAUCGCGGCCAUCCUCAUGUUCCUGCCCGAGGAGGACGCCUUCUGGGCGCUUGCCCAGCUGAUGACCGACGACAGGCACGCCAUGCACGGCUUCUUUGUCCCGGGCUCCCCGAAGCUCCUCAGGUUCCAGGCUCAUCACGAGCGCAUCCUCGAAAGAGCUCUUCCCGACCUGAGGAAGCACAUGG